UUGCUGGCCAUCAAUAUAAUUCAUGUCAUCAUCAGUAGUUUUAAAUUAAAUCAUAAUCGUGCAGUUACUGCACUGAAUUGACAAAAAAUAAUGUCACCGCAAUUUAAAUUAAUUAUUUAUAAAUUAAUAUUAUUAUUUAUAUCAAAAAAUUGUUUAUCUGAAGAAAUUUUAGGCUGUGGUGGUUUUAUAAAAAGUCAUACAAACAUCGACUACUCAAAAGUACAGGUUAAAUUAUUUACUAAAUCAGGAAGUUUAAAAGAUUACACAGAAGCCGCUCCUAAUUCAGGAUAUUAUUUUUUACCUUUAUAUGACAAUGAUAAAGGUGAAUAUAUAUUGAAGGUUGAGCCUCCAAGAGGUUGGAGUUUCGAGCCAACAGAAGUAAACCUGGUAGUUGAUGGUGUCAAUGAUUUAUGUAGUCAAGGUAAAGAUAUUAAUUUUAAAUUCAAUGGGUUCGGUAUCACUGGAAAAGUAAUAAGUCAUGGAUCAAAUGAUGGACCAAGUGGUGUCACUGUAUCGCUCUACAAAAGUAAUAACCGUGAUGUCGUCGAACGAGUGACAACGACAUCACAAGCUGGUAUAUUUUCAUUUACACCAAUUCAACCGGGUAAAUAUAUUUUGGUGGCUUCUCAUUCCCACUGGACAUUCGAAAAAAAUACUGUCGAAGUUACUGUCAGGGAGGGCAAUACUGAAUUACCAGAUAACAGUUUAAUAAUAUUUGGAUAUGAAGUAAGCGGGCGAAUAACGAGUGAACCCGAAAAUGAACCAGUCGUUGAUGUUUCUAUUUUGUUAUUUGGUAAUGGUAAAAUUAAAAAUUGUAAGACACCAGUGAUAAGUAAAGAUAGUAAUGAUAAUAAUAAAGCUUUGUGUCAAGUAAAGUCUGAUAAAAAUGGUAAAUUUAUAUUUUCAUCAGUUUCAAAUGGUGAUUAUAGAUUUGUACCAUAUUUUGAUGAUUUUCAAACUAAAUUUGAUGUUGAACCAACUAAAAUUGAAUUUAAAAUAAAUCAUAAUGACUUAAUUGUAUCACAAACAUUUAAAGUAACUGGUUUCACAGUCACUGGACACGUAAUGAUGGCUAAAAAAAUACCAUUACCAAAUGCUAAAGUAUUUUUAUCUGGUAAAGAAGUCGCUAAAACUAAUUCAAAUGGAGGUUAUACUAUUGAUAAAAUGAAACCUGGUCAGUAUACAUUAAAAGUAGAAGCAAGUGAUGUUCAAUUUGAUGAGCAAACUAUCAAAAUAUCACCAAGUGAUCAUAAUUUACCAGAUAUUCUUCCUUCAUCUUACAAAGUAUGCGGUUCUGUAACACUUUCAACAAAAGGAACUUUGCAUCAUCGUAAAAUAAUUAUUGAAAAUGCUGGAAAAACAUUUAAACGCGAAAUCGAAACUGAUCCACAGACUGGACAGUAUUGUUUGUACCUUGCACCAGAUAAAUAUCAAAUGAGUGUUGCAGUGACCGCUGAAGAAAAAGCUAAAGGUCUACAAUUUUUCCCAGUACAGCAAAACAUCGAAGUAUCAAGUAAACCAAUCAAUAGUAUUAAUUUCUUACAAUUAAAAGCAACACUUGUAGGAUCAGUUGAGUGUUUAAAAAAUUCAGAUUGCAAUAAAGCGUCAAUAACUUUAAAAGUACUUGAUGGUGUUACUGUUCAAACAAUUCCAAUUAAAAAUGGACGGUAUGAAUUUACAGAAAUAUUACCAGGUCACUAUGAAGUUUUAAUUGAUACAGAUGUUUUCUGUUGGGAAAAUCCAAGUCAUAGAAUUUCUGUAACAUCAGAACGUGCUGAAAUUCCUGUUUUUAAACAAACUGGAUUCUCUGUUACAUUUAUUUCAUCCCAUGAUUCAGCUGUUGAGUUUAUUGAUCCCGUUAAAGGAAAAAAAGUUGCUCUGACAUUACCACUUGGUAGUACAAGACAUUGUGUAUCCAGUCCUGGUGAAUAUAAAUUUAUUCCAAAAAGUUGUCAUAUUUAUGCUAAGGAUUCAUACACUUGGGAUACUAAAACUCAGGCUCCAAUUAUAUUAUCAUCAACGGAGCAUAGACAUCGUGGAAAAAUAUUAAGCAAAGCCGGUGUAGAUAAUGUCAAAGUUAAAAUUGAAUCUGGUGGUGAGUUGACAACUAUCGGACCGCUAAAGUAUACAAAAACAGGCGACAGUUAUCGGUAUAAUUUUGACUUUAAUGCAAAUACAGACACUACUUAUGUUAUCACACCGAUAUCAGAUAUUCUUUUAUUCAAUCCAUCAUCUUUAAAAGUUAUUGGAAGCAAUGAUUGCAAUAAUGAAGUCGCGACAUUGAUUGGAGAUCUAGGAAAAAUAGUCAGUGGAAAAGUAUCUCCAGCUCUUGAAGGAGUUACUAUUCAAAUUUAUGGCAAAGACAAAAGUUCGCCUGUCCAUACUUUAGUAACACAGAAAGACGGAGCUUAUCGUAUCGGACCACUUGAUGGGACAAUUGAGUACACGGUUACUGCUGAGAAAGUUGGAUACGCUAUCAGUGGACCCGAUGCCAAUGGAGUGUUUGCGGCUCACAAAUUAGCUGAAAUAAUUGUCGAAGUAACUGAUCAAGCUGAUGAUGCUCCUCUGCAAGGUGUUCUUUUAUCUUUGUCUGGUGGGCAGAGUUACCGUAAGAACAGCAUCACUUCUGAACAAGGCCAGCUGUCAUUCAAUUCUUUAUCUCCAGGAGAAUAUUAUUUACGGCCAAUGAUGAAAGAAUACCGAUUUGAUCCACCGUUCAAAAUGAUCUCCGUAGCAGAAGGUGCAACUCUCCGCAUAAAAUUGUCUGGUAAUCGCGUAGCAUUCAGUGCUUACGGUGUAAUAACUUCUCUCAAUGGUGAAGCUGAAUCUGGUUUGAUUGUCGAAGCUCAGGGUCAAGGAGAAUGUUCGAAUCUCCAAGAAGAAGCAACUACUGAAGAGACUGGAAGCUUUAGAAUAAGGGGAUUGCAACCAACGUGCAUGUAUAUUAUUCGUUUGAAAUCAAAUAUUGAAGCUAACGCUCAUAUUCAACGAGUAUCGCCUAGUUCAAUUGCUGUACAAGCGACGGAAGAUAUUACCAAACUUCGUUUCAUUGCUUUUCAUCCAAUCUCGCGUACCGACGUAUCUGUACGCGUUUUUUCAGAUCCAGAACAUUAUCGUACACUAAAAGUUAAACUAUGCCGUGAAGAUCAACCUGAUUCCCCAAUUCAUACUGCUAAAAUAGAUCCGCAGCAGUCGAGUAAAUUUACAACCCACAGUAAUCCAGGAUUUUUAAUCCAUUUACCGUCACUUCAAUCAAAUGGACGCAAGUACUUUGUCCAAUUGGACACUUCGUUGUCUUCAGCGAUGUAUAAAUACAACAUAAUUCCAAAUUAUUUUGAAGCAAACACAUCAUUUAAGGCUAUUACGUUAAAUUUUAAUGCGGAACGUAAAGUUGAUCAAAGUGAAAUGAAUCAAUCAUCAUUACUUGCUCUACCUUUUAUAAUGAUGAUUGCAUUAGGAUUUUUAAAUCGUGAUAAAUUAUGGAGUUGGUUAAAUUCAACUGUUGAACAGUGGUCAAAACCAACUCCUGUAUCUAGAGUAUCGCAGCCUGUUGCUCCAAUAGAUCCACGUGCUGAUGAUAUUAUUGUCGAACAAAUAAUGAAUAUUAAUAAGCGUAAAACGAAACCGCGUAAAACGUAAAUUUUAUUUAUUCAUUAACUAAUAAUAUAUAUAUAUAUAAUAGCUCAAUUAUUAAUAAACACUUUUUGAUUUAAUUCCUACUGCCACAUAUUUGAAAUUUAUUAUGUAAAAUAAGUACUUUUUUUUAUUUUCUCAUUAAUUAAUUAACGAACUAUCAAAAAGUUUUAUUUAAUUGAGUUAUAAAAUUAUUUUAAAGACUUUACAUAUUAAGGUCAUUCUCAGACAGAGCCCCCCACUUUUUUAAAAUUUUCAAUGGCAUCCAACUGUCAUAAGCGUAUCAAAAUGUUGUCAAUUACUUAAAGAAAAAUUAAAGCAUUGAAAAAAGCACAUCGUAGUUGCAAUUUUGCUGAGGUAGAUUUAAAAAAAAAUUACUUGCAGUCGUUAUCAGUUGCGAGUUAAACGAAAUUUGUUAAUUAAAUUCCAGAAAAAUCUUCAUGUCAAUUUUAUGAUUCGAAUUUUUAAAUUGUGGGCUAAAAUUUAUACAAGAAAUUUUUUUUUUACUCCCCAUAGAUGUCAACUGUAAGUAAUUUUUUUUUCAAAUCUGUAUCUUAGUGAAAUUACGACUACUGUGUUCUUUUUCAAUGCUUUAAUUUUUCUUGAAUUAAUUGAUAAAAUUUUGAUACGCUUAUGACAGUUGGAAGUCAUUGAAAAUUUUAAAAAAUUGGGGACACUGUCUGAGAAUGCUCUUAAAUAAAAUAAAACUACUGUGUGUUGUUUAAGUAUAUCAUUGCAAUGGUGUAUAUUGUGAAAGAAUGUGUCAUGUAUGGUGAAAAUAUUUAGAUAAAUUGUAAAUAAAUAAUAAAAUUAAUUUACAACAUAAAAUAA